UUACAAUCGCUACUAUAACCGUGCAUGCUUCAUAAAUCAUAACUUCCCUUCACAAAUCAGCCGCAAUUUCUAACACUUCCUUUAAAAACCCUAAUUACAUAGAGAAGUCAUUCAAAUUACUUAGCUUACAAACCCCUAAACAUCAAACCACAACAGAGGAUAUGGAUCUGGAGAACCCGGAACCCGUUACAGAAGAUGGAACUACUAAAAGAGUCAGAGAAGAAAAUGAGGAAGAAAACAAUGGCGUUUCGAAGAAGCUGAAAGUUGAGGAUGAUAAGUCUGUUGAAGAAGUGAGGAUGGAGAAGAUUGAAGAAGACAAUGAAAAUGGUGAAGAAGAGAAAGGGAAGGAAGAGGAUCCAAAGAAAACUGAUGAACCAGUUAGUUUGGGUCCGAAAACAUUCGGAUCAUGUACUGAAUUGUUUGAAUAUUUUUGCAAGUUGCUUCAUCACAGGCCUUCAAAUGUUCAAGUCAAUAAGAGUGAAUCAGUGAAGAAAUCCAAACACAAGAUGGUGGCUAAUCUAACAACAAAUUUGUCUCAAGGUGGCCAAUCUCUUCUAAGGGGUCUUACCAAUUGUAAUGGCUCUUGUUUACCAAAAUCACAGGCUAUCUUGUAAAGCUCUACAAUCAUCUGUACAAUUUCAUGGAUUUUGCUUUCUGUUUUCCAUAUUUGUAAUAACUGAACUCCCAUUUUUUUAUUUAAUUAGUUUAUUAAUUUCAAAAAAUUGAUUUUAUUGGGGUGUAUGGUACUAUUAGUUAGGGAGAAUAAGGUAUAAUCUUUGUGAGUGACGUUAUCUUGCACUUGUUUGUUUUGGUUCAUGUAGCUAAUAAUAUAUUGUUGUGAUGAAGACGUUAGCAUUGUUUAUAAUUACAAAAGUUUCGAGUAUAUGUAGACUAAAGGGUGAAUACUUGUUAUGAAAGGUGGGUUUUGAAACUUGGGGAAGUACAAACUAUGCAAAUGCAUGGAUUGAAUGGUAGGAGAACUAACAUUUAUGGGUUCAUAAUUAUUGGUAGUAUUCUGCGAUUGUUUGUAUGCCAUUUUUCGACGACGUGAAAAUGGUGAUUGCUGGAGAUUUUUAUUGUUUUGAUCAUGAUUUAUUGAAUGACUUGUUCGAUGCCUAUAUGCCAAGUAUCUUCUUUUGGUACAACAUGUGCUUUUUUCUUGUUUUCUGAUUCCGUAAAUUGCAU